AUACUUGCAAAUUUGAUUGUGAUGGGUUCUGGGAUCAUUGGUCGUGCUGUCUUUCAAGCCUAUCGUCAAGCACUUGCAAAUGCAUCUAAAACUGGUGUUGCGCAAGAAGCAAUGCAGAAUGCAGUACGUAAAGCAGGAAAAGCCAUCAAUGAGCAAGAAGCUAGGCAAAUUCUUGGUGUGACCGAGCAGACCUCUUGGGAAGAAAUAUUGCAGAAAUAUGACAAACUGUUUGAGAAUAACGCGAAAGCUGGGAGCUUUUACCUUCAAUCGAAAGUUCUUCGAGCUAAAGAAUGUCUAGAAGUUGUGCACAGGAGCAAAGGCAACGGUACACCUAGUUAAGAGCUUAUAUCUUCUUCUUCUUUUUUUACAGAUUCAGAACACUUGCUCUUAAUGUAAAAUUAAGACGAUUUCAUGGUUCUUUGAGAUGAUGUGAAACUUAUAAAACGGCCAUAGUGUUUUUUUUUUGUUUUUUUACCUAUUAAUUUAGUAAUAACUAAGACAGGCUUGCUCUGGUCAAUUGAUCAGUGUCAAAGAACCUCUUAAAUGUUAAAACUAGAAUGGAUUUUUCCA